UCAGAAAGCCCAUGUCAGGUUGAGGAAAUGACUUCUGCAAGAGCCAUGAAGUGUCUCCAUUGCUGCGAGAGUCAUGGAUAUUUAUUCCCCUGUCUUCCAGUUCCUUGGAUCGUUGUCUCCUUGGCCCUGAAUUUUCUCUGAUACUAGAAUGCAAUGACUUUUGAAGAGUUACCAAACAAGGACUGGUAUAGCAUUCUGGGUGCAGAACCAUCGGACAGUUUGAUAGAACUGAAGAGGAAAUAUCAAAAGCUUAUAUUAUUGUAUCAUCCAGACAAACAGAGCGCAGAUGUGCCAGCAGGAGAAGUGGAGGCGCGCAUGCAGAGGUUCAUCGAAAUUGAUCGAGCGUGGAAAAUUCUAGGGAAUGAAGAGACAAAAAAAGAGUAUGACCUGCAGCGGCGUGAACAUGAAUUAACCCAAGGAUGGCCUGUGGAUGCUCAGGUGUCACUUGAAGAUAUGGCCUGGAAUCUCAAUGAUCACUGUUAUUCUCUCAUAUGUCGAUGUGGUGGAAAAUACAUUGUCUCCAAAAAAGAAGCUGAAGAGGUUUCACUAGUGUGCUGUGAUACCUGUUCAUUACUUAUAGAGAUUCUUCGAUGACUCCGCAAAGGAUAUGGGAAACACACAAGAUGUAUUGUGUUAGGCAACCAAUGGACAAUAUGUCAGUAAAUACCAUAGUAGAAAAAUGCACAAUAACUGUUAAGAACAUCAAUUCAAAGAAGUUUUCUUUCUGCAUCAGAGAUUCCCUUUUAAAAUCCAUGCAAAUUAUGCUCCAAAUGUCUUUUAAUUUGAAUUGUCCAUAUCUUAGUGUAUGAGAUUUAAACACUAAAUUUCUUCUGCUUGCACGAGUGAGCACCAUUUAAUGUUAUCCUCCUAUUCUGGUAUCAUGAUUACUCCUUUCUGAGGGUAAUGCAUCCUGUAUCCAAGAUGAACAGGACUUGGAAUACUGAUCUUAAACUGCAAAGUGGGCUUCUGAAAGCAUACAUGCUGCCAUGUCAAAACCAAUCCAGUACAAUAUGCAGUACAGUCGACUCACAACUUAUGCAAGCAUUUCUGUUUGACAUAUGGAUCAAUCCCCCAUCUCCUCCCCAUGGGCACUGUUUUGGGGGUUCUCCCAGCCCUCCAGAGUGGAUUUGGAGGUGGUGUGGGGUGCACAGGGGAAAGAGAAGGGGAAAGCCAUGCUCUGCUAGUAGGAGUGCUUGUGCUACCUUCUUGCUAGUGUGGUGGAUUCGUUCAAUCCAGCCCCCAGAGCAUACUAAUCCCGCUCUUUAAACUUGCAAAGAAGUUCCUAAUAGGCUGGCACUUGCUUAUUCUCAGCUUUUGAAAAAUGUUACACCUGUGAAACUGUAUUGCCCUUUUUAGAAAAAACUGAUAAACUUUCUAGUAUAUGCCAUGUUA